AUGGACUGCCUUUUCGUCUGCUCGUAUAACUGCCGCACUAUAGCAUCGGGAGCCAGCCUUCGGAUGCUUCUGCUAAGUAGUCGGCUGGUUAAAUAUGAUGUUAUCGCACUACAGGAGACGGAAGGCAGAACGGAAACCAUUCGAAAAACGGACCACAACGAGCUGCUCAUCAUCGGACCCAAAGCGAACGGCAAUGUUGGUGGAGUUGGAUUUCUGAUCAAUUCUAUAAUCGCCCACCUAGUAAACUCUCAUAUCGUCGUCAGCCCGCGUCUUGCCGUCCUCCGCCUGCGCACAGACGACCGGGUUGCAAUUUCUGUCAUCAAUGCAUAUGCACCUACAUCCGCGGCUCCAGAGGAAGAGCGAGAGGAUUUUUACAGACUUUUGGAGAAGACGAUCCAAGAAGAGAAGAGCUACUAUAAAUAUGUCGUAGGCGACUUAAACGCCGUCGUGGGCACGAACUGCAAUGGAGAUUGGAGACUCGGAUCUUAUGGCUCUGGCGACAGGACCGAAAACGGAGAGCUCCUUCUGAACCUUCUAUAUGCGUGCCGCCUUUUUCAUGGAAACUUCAUGUUCGAAAAACCCAGCGCGACGAUGGACUUGGGAGAGUCCAAAUGGCCGAACGCAUACGGAAAUAGAUCAUUCUCACCAAUCGACGCUGGAGUCUACUUGGUGUAUACAUGUUGCCCUCUUUUGACAAUGGCUCGGAUCAUCGCCUUGUGCGCGCAAAAAUACGACUCAACAAGCGGAUAUUCAAGCGCGACACGCACAGGCUCGCACACUUCAAGACUCUCUUCUUUGAUACAGAACUACUCGAAUCUGCCGUCGAAGCUCAUGAUUGGCGUCUCUUAG